AACAUCUACGAACUUCCAUGUGUCUGUCUGCACCUCUCACCUGCCUCCUCUCAUCCUCACAGGUGAUACAGGAGACCGAGGCGAUAAGGGUACCCCUGGUAAACCUGGUUUAGAGGGACCCCCAGGCCAGGGAGGACCGUUGGGCCCUAAAGGCAUCAAAGGCCACCAAGGUGUCCCAGGAGACGCCUGUAAGAUCCCCCAGUCCUCCUUCUCCGUGGGCCGUCGGAAGUCCCUGCACAGCCUCGACUUCUACACGGCGCUGGUGUUCGACACGGUGUUCGUCAACCUGUACGAGCACUUCAACAUGUUCAAGGGCAAGUUCUACUGCUACGUGCCCGGGAUCUACUUCUUCAACGUGAACAUCCACACCUGGAACUUCAAGGAGACGUACCUGCACCUGAUGCACAACGACAAGGAGCAGGUGAUCCUGUACACCCAGCCCAGCGAGAGGUCCAUCAUGCAGAGCCAGAGUGUGAUGAUGGACCUGAGUCUGAACGACGAGGUGUGGGUGCGACUCUACAAGAGGGAGCGGGAGAACGCCGUGUACAGCGACAACGUGGACGUUUACAUCACCUUCAACGGAUACCUGGUGGCACCGAGCGUCCAAUGAGACUGGGACGAAGGGGAUUAUAAAAAGAGUAAUCGCUGGGGUCAUUGGGUCUUCACGCCAAGGAGAGAAGAUAACUUUGUUUUAAUAUAACGUUCAGCCCGGACAGGAAUAUAAGGAACCAAAAGUAAAACAGGGCUCUUCUUCAAGUUCAAGAUAAAUCCGAAUUCUGAUAUUUUCUCAAAAUCCUGACUUUUUUCUCAUGAUUUAGAUUAAAGUACAAAUUCAGAUUUUUUUUCUCAGGGUUUUGACUUUAAUCUUUUGUUUCUUUUCCAACCAUUUUGAAAUUAAAAUAAGAAAAAAUACUUGUUGUUAUAAUUUUCGAUCAAAGUACGAUUUCAAACUUUUUCUCGGAUUUCAAACUUUUUCCUUCAAAAUCCAGACUUUAUUCGGAUAACUCAGACUUUUCUAUCCGAAUUUGUGAAACAAGUAAUAAUCCUUUUUGUUAUAAUUUUUUGGGCAGAUCUCAAACUCUUUUUUCUUUCUUCAACCUUGAUCUCUUAAAGAAAACUUGAUUGAGAAAAAAUGUUCU